UUCCAUCUUUUGGAGAUUUAGUCACUAUCUCCCAUUCAUCUUCCUCUAUAACUCCAGCUUCACCGCCUACAGCUCCAGUUGCAGCUCCACCACCUAUAGCUCCAGUUUCGCCACCUAGUCCAGUUCAACAUUCUACAGUUCCACCACUCCUGACUUAUCAUCGUCAUCCGCGCCCAGCAUCAGGCCCAACUGAUUCACGUCCUGCACCUGACCCUGCUAAUACUGCGGACCUUUCUCCUCUUAGUCAACCGAUUGCACUACGGAAAGAAGCAGAAUAUCGAGCAAUGGCUGUGGCAACAUGGGAGCUAGUUUGGAUCAAACAUUUGCUUAAUGAGUUGAAAUUUGGUGAGAUCAGCAAGAUGAAACUUGUUUGUGAUAAUCAAGCUACCCUUCAUAUUGCAUCAAAUCCGGUACUGGGAGGCUUUGAUGCAUCAAAUUAUGUAACUGAGAGGCAAUGGGCUACUGCUUCAGAUGGCAUACAGAUACCUAUAUCAAUAAUCUAUCGAAAAGAUCUUGUAAAGCUUGAUGGCUCAGAUCCAUUGCUUCUUUAUGGUUAUGGAUCCUACGAGAUAUGUAUUGAUCCCACUUUCAAGGCGUCACGGUUGUCUUUGUUAGACAGGGGUUUCAUUUAUGCUAUUGCUCACAUUCGUGGAGGUGGUGAAAUGGGGAGGCAAUGGUAUGAAAAUGGGAAACUGUUAAAAAAGAAAAAUACCUUCACAGAUUUCAUUGCGUGUGCGGAGUAUUUAAUAGACAAGAAGUACUGUUCCAAGGAAAAACUUUGUAUCAAUGGAAGAAGUGCAGGUGGAUUGCUGAUCGGUGCUGUUGUUAAUAUGCGGCCUGAUUUGUUUAAAGCCGCUGUUGCUGGGGUUCCUUUUGUAGAUGUUGUAACUACAAUGCUUGAUCCAACUAUUCCAUUAACAACUUCAGAGUGGGAGGAAUGGGGUGAUCCACGUAAGGAAGAAUUCUAUUCCUAUAUAAAGUCAUAUUCCCCUGUUGAUAAUGUCAAAGCACAGAACUAUCCGGACAUUCUCGUUACAGCUGGUUUGAAUGAUCCACGUGUUAUGUACUCUGAGCCAGCCAAGUUUGUAGCCAAGUUGAGAGAUAUGAAGACGGAUGAUAAUUUACUCUUGCUCAAAUGUGAAAUGGGUGCAGGACAUUUUUCAAAAUCUGGAAGAUUUGAGAAGCUCCAGGAGGAUGCCUUUACGUACACUUUCAUACUCAAUGCUUUGACUGAUCAGCAAUGAUGAAUCGUGUGGUUGAUAUCCUCCUAUUUUUUAAACAAUUCUU